AUGGCGGAGUUGGCGCAUGCCAUUCCGGCGGUGGACAUGAUCAAUGCCACUUCGAGGCUUCAAAUUGAAGCUGCCGAGGUCCGCGCCAGUAAACCAAACUGGGGAUCCUACUUGCGAUCUCAGAUGAUUCCUCAAGAGGACUACAACUUUAUCUCGGCCUACGAAAAUGCGAAGAGCAAAGAGGAAAGGGACGUAGUCUUAGCUGCGAACGAUGCUAACGGUCAGGCUGCUCGCACUAUCGUGAACCUUAUCACGAAUGUAGCUAAAGAUCAGAAUGUGCGCUAUGUUUUAACGCUUCUUGAUGAUAUGCUUCAGGAAGACAAGACCCGCGUUGAGAUAUUUCAUAAUGCUGCACGAAAACAGAAGCGAACGGUCUGGUCUUGGUUCCUGGGUAUCCUUCAGCGACAAGACAACUUCAUCGUCAACCAGAUGAGCUCCAUUAUUGCCAAGCUCGCUUGUUUUGGAUCAACUCUCAUGGAAGGUUCUGAACUCAACUACUAUUUUUCCUUUUUAAAGGAUCAAUUGAAGAAUUCGUCCACUAAUGAGUACAUGAAUACCACGGCGCGGUGUCUUCAAAUGAUGUUACGCAUUGAUCCUUACAGGCUUGCCUUCAUGGAAGCUGAAGGAAUUCAAUCUAUUGUUGCUGCGCUUAACGGAAAAACUAACUUUCAACUCCAGUACCAAUUAGCUUUUGCGCUUUGGUGCCUUACCUUCAAUCCUGAUAUUGCUCGUCGCACACCUUCACUUGGAGUAAUCCGCAUCAUCAUAGCAACGUUCAGCAACAUACUAAAAAAAGUCGAAGAAAGAGAAAUCAAGAAGGAGGCAGCUCUACAAAUGGUGCAGUGCAAAACACUAAAGACACUCGAGCUUACAGACGCCAAGAAAUAUGGGGACACUGAACUUGAGGAAGACGUUGAAUACCUUAGUUCUCAACUCCAAUCCUCAGUUCAAGAUCUAAGCUCUUUUGACGAGUACUGCAGUGAGGUUCGCUCUGGUCGUUUACAAUGGUCACCUGUGCAUAAGUCGGACAAAUUUUGGCGAGAAAACGCACCUCGAUUCAACGAGAAGAACUUCGAGCUCAUUAAAAUCCUGAUACGACUCCUAGAAACAAGCCAAGAUCCACUGAUUCUCUGCGUAGCUGCUCAUGAUGUUGGGGAGUACGUCCGCCAUUAUCCCAGGGGUAAAACUGUGAUUGAACAGUAUCAAGGUAAGCAAGCUGUGAUGCGACUAUUGUCUGCAGAAGACCCCAAUGUUCGCUACCACGCUUUGCUUGCUGUUCAAAAGCUUAUGGUGCACAAUUGGGAAUACCUAGGAAAACAACUUGAUGUGGAAGCUGCGGAAACGGUUGCAGUCAAGUAA